UGAAUAUAAACAUAUGUUAUUACCAAGGCAAGGAACAAUCGCUCAAAAACCAAAAUAAUCAUUGAGUUUAUAAAAACUGUGUUUGAACUGCUAAUUGUUUGACAAGACAAAUUUAUCUGUUUAGUUUGUUUGUGUUUUGGAUUUAAAUUGUUCUACUUGUUCUGUUCUGUUCGUUUUGUGAAAAAUUAUUUAUGGCGAGUGAAAAACGGAUCCGAUUUGCAGACACAGUUGAAGAAGAAUAUCAGAAUGUCUCUGGUACAUUACCUUUCGGUAAAAAAUUUAAACAUACAUUGGACAGUGAUGAAGAGGAUGAUGAAGCGAAUUGCGAUAAGUAUAAUUGUUUAGGCCCAGAAGGAUUUGUUGGAGAAGAAGAGGGGAUUGAUAGGAUUGAGGGCGAAAUCAAAUUCACAGCGUUCAAUAUGAAAGAAGAGCUGGAAGAAGGUCACUUCGAUAAAGAUGGAACUUACAUUUUCAAAAAAGACAAAGACGAAGUAAAAGACUUUUGGGUUCAAAAUAUCGACAGCUGUGCAAUCGCAGAUACAUCAAAGAUCACCAAAGAAGAUGACACUUCGGAUGUAGAACUUGUUAACACUACAGUUAUUUACGAGAAAUUGUUGGACUUGAUGGAAAGUAAUGAAACUGUCAAAAGGGCAAUCCAAAGAUUAGGAGCCGACCUUAAAGAACUGAGAACCAGGAAUAGGAAAGAGAAAAGUCCAGCAUUAGCCGAACAAAUAAAGAGUAAGAGCAAAAAGUUAGAAGAACUUACAGAAUUAGCUGAUCAAAUGGUUAUUGGUCAAAAUGCUGAUGCCGAUAAUGACAAGAUUCCAGAUAAAGAUAAGAGAACAAUUUACGAAUUUAAGUACGAAGAAAUUGAAGCUAUAAUUAAAGAAAGGAAAAAGCCGGUUGACAUGUUUGGAGAUGACGAUUAAUAUCCGACAUCAGUCCAUAAUAAUUUGUCUCAUUUGUACUUUUCCUUUUCAUCCAUUUGUAUCAAUAUACAAUAUUUCAUGCAUGUUUCUAUUUUGUAAAGUUAAUUACAUUAUUUAUAAAAAAACAAUUUGAGAAAAAAAUCAGAAAAUCGAUGAAAUAAAUUU